CUAGGCUGCUACUAUGCCCAGGGCCGGCCCUGCUUUCAUAUAUACGCGCACGGUCACCCUCUGUGUUUCGAUUUUAUUGUCCAGAAUCCAUACCUUAAUUUGCUGGUAGAUCGAUUGGAAGUUCUAGCAGCUGAUUGGAGCAGUAUCGAUCUGGGAGUCGAAACGCUCUCGAUGGAUCUGUAGGCCAAUAUCGAAGCAGUCAGAUCGGGGAGUCUGAAUUUAUCAAAAUCCCCUCUACCGAUCUCUAGACCUAAGCGGUCAGAUCGGUGAGUCCAAACUAAUCGAAAACCCUCUCGAUCGCUGAAGCAGUCACGGAAGAGAGUCUAAACUCAACAAGGCUAGUCUUAUCUUCAGGUGAAGUCAGUGUUGGAGAAAUCCAAUUCAGAAAUUUGUUUCCCAGAAAGCAAGCAUUGAUAGUCAUUCACUUCAAAAUCGCCCCCUUGAUCGAUGCAAUCACUCUUCAGAAUAGUGCAGAAACAAGCUCUGGAUAUAUGGGUUUGCCACGAUUUGGACGCCCCAUAGAUGGAAAAUCAAGUCCUAAUCUCUAUGUGGCCAACUGUGGACCAGCUGUUGGACUUUCUUUUAACACUAUUGCAACAGUGUUCAGCACCUUUGGAGAAGUGAUUGGAGUGUAUGCAGCUGAUGAAAGUGGCACUCGUGUUAUUGUUUCUUAUGUUGAAGAGAGUUCUGCUCAAGCAGCCUUAAAGGCUUUAAACAAGCGUCCCUGCCCUGAUCUGGCAGGCCGUUUCUUGCACAUACAGUAUUCAAUAGUUCAGCCUCCUAAACAGGUACUCACGAAUGACUCAAUUCCAGUAUCUUUGGCAGCUAAAGAUUUGAAUAUUCCUGGCCUUUAUUUGUGGCCUGAGUUCAUCACUUCUGCAGAAGAGGAGGAAUUGCUUGCAUCAGUUGAUGACAUGCCUUGGAAAACUCUUGCAAAAAGAAGGGUUCAGCAUUAUGGAUAUGAGUUCAUAUAUGAAACAAGGAAUGUUAAUACAAGCCAACACAUGGGUGAAUUGCCAUCUUUUGUAUCUCACAUACUUGAAAGAAUCAUGAAGAUUUCAGAUUUUGAUGAUGCUGCAAAUAUAGUACUAGACCAACUUACGGUUAAUGAAUACCCCUCUGGAGUGGGCUUGUCCCCACAUAUUGACACCCAUUCAGCAUUUGAUGGAUUAAUUUUCAGCCUUUCCUUAGCAGGACCUUGCAUCAUGGAGUUUAGGAGGUAUACAGAUGGUGCUUGGCUUCAAAAACCUGAUUUGGAUGCAGACAGCAAGGAAGAAAAUUCUGAUUGUGGCUCAAAUUUUGUGAGGAGGGCUAUUUAUCUGCCCCCUCGUUCAAUGCUAUUGUUUUCUGGGGAGGCACGAUAUGCUUGGCAUCAUUACAUUCCGCACCACAAGGUUGACCUGGUGAAGGAUAAUGUGAUCAAGAGGGGAUCAAGGAGGGUGUCCUUCACGCUGCGGAAGGUAAGAGAAGGGCCAUGCAAAUGUGAAUUUCCUCAAUACUGUGAUUCUCAGAGUUAGAAGUUAGGUAGUAUGCUCGCUCUGAGAUGAACUCUGGUCUGGAAAUGCAAAACUGUGUCGAAUGAGAAAUCGGAUUCCCAUGGUGAGAUGGAAACCGAGCAACAAGCCGAUGAAGACCUGGAAAAGAAAAUAUGAUCUUGAUCUUGACUGCAAACUGCCAUCUGCUUUGUUAGGGGACUGAUUUUCAUUUCUUCAGAUGUAAGAGCAAACACUGAAUGUGGGUGGAUAAUGCCUCUGUAGUGUUUACAUGAGAAGAACUUCCUUAUGCUUUCUCAUAAAUUAAAGUGCUAAUCUUAAAUAGCAGAAUAAAAUUAAUCAAAGCACGAAGAACAUACAAAUUUUUUAGUGGUUCA